AGGUCACAGCACCGCUGCAGAAGCGAUCGUUUUCCUACAAUCCCUCAGUCGACACGCCACCAUCGAUCUCUUCCCAUUAUAAAAAAUCCUCAAUCUUUGACUUCGAUUUUUUCGAGCUCGAGCGAAAAUGGCGAAGGGGAGAACUACGAUGGAGGUUGGAUCCGAUGGAGUCGCCGUUAUCACGAUCGAGAAUCCUCCCGUUAACGCCCUGUCUGCUGAUGUGUUAUUCAGUCUAAAAGAGAAUCAUGAACAAGCCAUGAAACGAGAUGAUGUGAAAGCAGUUGUUAUUACAGGUGCAAGAGGAAAAUUUUCUGGAGGAGCUGAUAUCAAUUCCUUUGGGGGUGGAAAAAAGGAGGAGGAGGUUGGUGCAAUGUCUGUGUACUUUGUUGCAGAUGUUUUAGAAGGUGCAAAGAAACCUUCAGUGGCAGCUAUUGAUGGUCUGGCCCUUGGUGGCGGACUAGAGAUUGCAAUGGCUUGCAAUAGCCGCAUUUCCACUUCUAAUGUUCAGCUUGGACUUCCUGAACUUCAACUCGGAAUUAUUCCAGGAUUAGGAGGAACACAACGACUUCCACGUCUGGUUGGGCUUUCUAAAGGUCUUGAAAUGAUGCUGACAUCAAAACCAAUAAAAGGAGAGGAAGCUCAUAAGCUGGGUCUCGUUGAUGCUGUAGUUUCACCUGCUGAAUUGCCGAAGAUUGCUCGACAGUGGGCUCUGGAUAUUGUAGAGUGUAGAAAGCCAUGGAUCAAGAGUCUAUACAAGACUGAUAAGAUAGAGCCCCUUGGAGAGGCUAGAGAAAUUCUCAAGUUCGCAAGAGCUCAAGCUCGCAAACAAGCUCCCCAUCUCCAACACCCAAUUGUUUGUAUUGAUGUUAUUGAAGAAGGUAUAGUCUCAGGACCUCGUGCUGGUCUCUGGAAGGAAGCUAAAGCGUCUUAUGAUCUUCAAUUUACUGAUACAAGCAAAAGCCUAAUACAUUUCUUUUUCUCGCAACGUGCAACUUCAAAGGUUCCUGGAAUUACUGAUCUGGGUUUAAGGCCAAGAAAAAUAAAUUCAGUUGCAAUUCUAGGAGGAGGUCUGAUGGGUUCUGGGAUUGCAACAGCAUUAAUUCUUAGCAAUUAUCGGGUGAUCCUUAAAGAAGUCAAUGAGAACUUCUUGCAAGCAGGGAUUGAUAGAAUCAAAGCCAACUUGCAAAGUCGGGUCAAGAAAGGGCAAAUGACUCAAGAAAACUGUCAGAAGACCCUUACUCAUCUCACCGGCGUUCUUGAUUAUGAGCACUUAAAAGAUGUGGAUUUAGUCAUAGAGGUAAGUUGUUUUCUGUAUCAUCUGCUUACGUUUUCAUCUACUUUUAUUUUCUCAUCUGAUGUCAUUUUCUUUAUUUCAUGGCAGGCGGUAAUUGAGAACGUAGCACUAAAGCAGCAAAUAUUUGCUGACCUAGAAAAAUAUUGCCCACCGCAUUGCAUUCUUUCUAGUAACACUUCGACAAUAGAUUUCAAUUUAAUUGGAGAAAAGACAAAGUCGCAAGAUCGAAUUAUUGGUGCACAUUUCUUCAGUCCGGCCCACAUAAUGCCUCUUCUGGAAAUAGUACGAACUGAGAAGACAUCUCCCCAAGUUGUUGUGGACUUGCUAGAUAUUGGUAAAAAGAUACGCAAAACUCCCAUUGUGGUUGGAAACUGUACUGGAUUUGCUGUCAACAGGAUGUUUUUUCCUUACACCCAGUCAGCACUACUGCUUGUUGAUUGUGGCUUGGAUGUAUAUCAGAUUGAUCGUGCAAUUAGCAAAUUUGGAAUGCCAAUGGGUCCUUUCAGACUGGCUGACCUUGUUGGUUUUGGGGUUGCCGUCGCUACUGGGGCCCAAUACCUUAAAAGCUUUCCUGAGAGAUGCUACAAGUCGGUGUUAAUUCCAACCAUGCUUGAGGACAAGCGGGCAGGUGAAGCUACUCGCAAGGGCUUUUAUGUUUAUGAUAAUAAGAGAAAGGCUAGUCCAGAUCCUGAAAUAAAGAAGUAUAUUGAAAAGGCUAGAAGUGUGGCUGGCGUUACGGCUGAUGCCAAGAUCACGAACUUAACAGAUAAGGACAUAGUAGAGAUGGUAUUCUUCCCUGUCGUGAAUGAGGCUUGCCGUGUACUGGUUGAAGGAAUCGCUGUCAAGGCAUCAGACCUUGAUAUUGCCUCCAUAAUGGGCAUGGGAUUCCCCUCUUACAGGGGUGGUGUUAUGUUCUGGGCUGACUCUCUUGGAUCAAAAUACAUAUAUUCAAGACUGGAUUUGUGGUCUAAGACAUAUGGCAACUUCUACAAGCCUUCUACUUAUCUUGCAGAGCGAGCUGCCAAAGGAGCUUCCCUGAGUGCCCCAUUGAAUCAAACAAAAUCACAGUCUCAGUCUCGGCUAUAGUUUUCAUCAUCUUUCACGUUCUGUGGUUGAUUUGGGAGGGGAAUAAAGCAAGAUGAGAGUAGCCUUGGCUUCAGAAUGUUCUAAAGCCUUCUAUACUUUUUUGUUUUUGUUUUGGGGAAUAAAAAACACAAUACUCUCUUUAUUUGUGGUCCUUGCACAUCGAUUGCUUCUUGUAUUUAUAAACAUUGCUACCAAUGACAAUUGCCAAGACAUCUUUGGUUAUUGCAGUUUCAGCAGCGCUUGUGAGUUUUAGUUAUCAAACGGUAGGAUAGCUGGAAGUGUUGGUAUUGGGUUCUAUUUAUAGUAUUAUUGAAGCGCUUUGGAUAAUUUUA